CAGCUUACCUGCGUCCGUUUGUUCUGGAUUACACGGAGCCCCUGUGGGGAAGGGACCUGAUGGCCCGGGGGGGGGUCUCAUUGACCAUUCCUACCCCCCAGGUUUUUCGGGCAGCGGUCACUGAGGAGCGUCCUACCCAAAAGUUAAAUUGGCUCUCUGAUGUUCCAAUCUGGGUAGAGCAGUGGCCGCUCAAUAAACAAAAAUUGAAAGCGCUCCAAAAACUCGUGGCAGAACAACUUGCCAAGGGACAUAUCCAAGAAACAACAUCUCCUUGGAAUUCCCCCAUCUUUGUCCUGAAAAAACCAGGCAAAGACGAAUGGCGGUUGCUUCACGACCUCCGUGCCAUCAACAAUGUGAUCGAAAAUAUGGGUCCACUCCAACCAGGGAUGCCGUCCCCCACAAUGUUACCCAAAGAUUGGGAAUUGGCUGUGAUUGACAUCAAAAAUUGCUUCUUUCAUAUCCCCCUCCACCCAGACGAUGCACCACGUUUUGCCUUCUCGGUUCCGUCCCUUAACCGAGAAGCCCCAAUGGAGCGGUACCAUUGGCGAGUAUUGCCACAGGGCCUCAAAUGCUCGCCCACCAUCUGCCAGCGGGUUCGAGCUGCGAGAAGAUAAGAUUCAAAAGAUGCCACCCUGGAAGUACCUGGGCUUGGAAAUUACCAAGCGGACUAUUACUCCGCAAAAAUUGGCCAUCAAAAACAAAAUUCGGACCCUAGCAGACGUCCAGCAGCUGUGCGGUUCUUUGAACUGGGUGAGGCCAUGGCUAGGCAUCACAAACAGAGACCUAAAUGCGCCCGGGCUGGUCCGGCAGUUCCACCUCACUCGGGACCAAGCCAGAGCCAUUGUGGCCACCUGCCCGUCCUGCAAGUCGCUCCCCCUGCCAUCGGAGACACAGGAAUCUUUCGUUAGUUUCGUAGACAGGUUGUACAAGGCAGCUGAAUCGCAGGUGCCAGAGGACGGAUUGAGGCAGGGCAUGGUGAAGCAGAUCGCCCUGCAGAAUGCCAACGAGGCCUGCCGACAGGCGAUGCUGAGCCUGCCCCUCGACCCAGAGCCAACGCUCCAAGACAUGCUGGACGUGUUGGCUCUAACCGAACCCCUACUGCUCAGGGACAGCAAUUGGCACUUUGUCACAGUGGACACACAGGACCCAGGGACCUGGAGAAAACUCCACAGUAAGUACAUCGUCCUUGGGGACACAAAAUACACGCCACUCGACAUCACUAUCGCACCCAAUUUGACACCUGCAAACCCUAAACAUCUGGUGCUGUGGCUGCACUGUGCUCACCCGCCAGUCUACCUUCCCAAAGGGCAAAUCAUCGCCCAGGCCAUACCUGUAUCUGGGGCCCCUGUCUACCCAGAAGACCUGUGGAGGAAAUCCGCAAAGCAGAUCUACGAGGUGUGUCAGGCCCAGGUGAUUGGGAAAGAUAGACCCAAAAUUGAGUGUUACAUAUGGAAUGGCGGUGAGCACAAGUGGCUUAACGGCCUCUUGGACACAGGGGCGGAUGUCACAGUCAUUCCCUCACGGGAUUGGCCGUCGCGUUGGGAGUUGCAAGACGUGGCUGGACACAUUCAAGGUGUCGGAGGGGCACAAUUGGCAAAACAGUCAAAAAACAUCAUCAAAUUUGAGGGGCCAAACAGACAGACAGCUUACCUGCGUCCGUUUGUUCUGGAUUACACGGAGCCCCUGUGGGGAAGGGACCUGAUGGCCCGGGGGGGGGUCUCAUUGACCAUUCCUACCCCCCAGGUUUUUCGGGCAGCGGUCACUGAGGAGCGUCCUACCCAAAAGUUAAAUUGGCUCUCUGAUGUUCCAAUCUGGGUAGAGCAGUGGCCGCUCAAUAAACAAAAAUUGAAAGCGCUCCAAAAACUCGUGGCAGAACAACUUGCCAAGGGACAUAUCCAAGAAACAACAUCUCCUUGGAAUUCCCCCAUCUUUGUCCUGAAAAAACCAGGCAAAGACGAAUGGCGGUUGCUUCACGACCUCCGUGCCAUCAACAAUGUGAUCGAAAAUAUGGGUCCACUCCAACCAGGGAUGCCGUCCCCCACAAUGUUACCCAAAGAUUGGGAAUUGGCUGUGAUUGACAUCAAAAAUUGCUUCUUUCAUAUCCCCCUCCACCCAGACGAUGCACCACGUUUUGCCUUCUCGGUUCCGUCCCUUAACCGAGAAGCCCCAAUGGAGCGGUACCAUUGGCGAGUAUUGCCACAGGGCCUCAAAUGCUCGCCCACCAUCUGCCAGCGGGUUCGAGCUGCGAGAAGAUAAGAUUCAAAAGAUGCCACCCUGGAAGUACCUGGGCUUGGAAAUUACCAAGCGGACUAUUACUCCGCAAAAAUUGGCCAUCAAAAACAAAAUUCGGACCCUAGCAGACGUCCAGCAGCUGUGCGGUUCUUUGAACUGGGUGGGGCCAUGGCUAGGCAUCACAAACAGAGACCUAGCCCCUCUUUUCGAUUUAUUGAAAGGGGGGGAGGAGCCGAGUUCUCCCAGGGAACUCACCCC